UGAUGGUCCACAGGACUGAGAAGCCGACGCCUCACACUGCGCAGCCGCAAGUGGGAAAAUUAGAGCGCACUUGGCCCGUACAGCUAAAAUGUCUCCGAUAAAGGACUUCACUCUGUUUUAUGAAGUUCUCAACGAAGAGGACACGUUUUCUGAGGGAGAUACGGUUACAGGCGCAGUCACUUUCACUUUGUCAAGAGAAACCAGAGUGAAGAACCUGGUCGUCAAAGUGAAAGGGGACGCGCGCGCGCACUGGUCCGAAGGAAGUGGAGAUAACAAACACUCUUACAGUGCGCACAGGAGAUACUUCAAAAUCAAAGAAUCCUUACUGGGAGAAAACACUGAAGGCACUGUACUUCCCCAAGGAGUCCAUUGCUUUAAAUUCAGCCUUACAAUCCCACAGGGGCAGAUGCCAUCGUCCUUUAAGGGGUUUCAUGGAGAGAUUGCCUACAUGCUUGAAGCAAAGAUGUCCAGGAGCUGGCGUUGGCCUUCUAGAGUACAACAAGAGCUCAAUUUUGUGUCGAGGUUCAUCCCACUCCAUGACCAUGUAAUGUGUCCCCACUCUGGUUCAGUGGAGAAAAAAGUUGGGAUUUUCUCCAAAGGACAGGUCCAAAUGUCUGCUACUGUUGACAAGAAGGUUUACUCUCCAGGCGAUACUUUAUCUGUUGUUGCUAAAAUCUGCAACUCCUCCUCCAAAAAAAUGAAGCCCAAGAUCAGUUUACAGCAGAAAAUAGAGUACCGCGCCAGUGGCUCCACUAAAAGCACUGACCAAAGUCUGUGCAAGAUGGUUGGGGAAACAGUCGCACUGAAUGCAGAGGAAACUGUCUCCUGCCAAAUGAAGGUUCCUGACGAUGUCACCUACACCAUCCUCAAUUGUGAAAUCAUCUCAGUUGACUAUUACCUCAAGGUGUAUUUGGACAUCAGUUUUGCCUUUGACCCAGAGGUGGUGUUUCCAUUAUUCAUUGUUCCCUCUCGCAUUGGGGCCCCAAGUUGCAGCGACUUCCCUGCUCCUGCUGUCCCUACUGGACCUUAUCCUGUGCCUGCAGGUCCAGCUGCUUACGGAUACCCAGCAUCAGAUCCCACUCAACAUGCAAACACAGCAAGUGGUUAUAAUAAUCAGUGGCCACAACCAGUCGCUCCAUACGCUUUCCCACCAGCAGCUUUCCCACCCCCUGCAGUGCAGCACCCACCCCCUACUGCUCCACCUCUGUUUCAAGAGGAAGAGCCUCCAGCCUAUAUGUCCCUUUUCCCACCUUCUCAUGGCACUUUUGGCAGCACUGAGUCAGAUCACAAAAUCUGAGCUUCAAAAAGAAAACAAACUGACCUCAUGAUUCAAAUGACAAGAUACAUGUUAAAUAACAUAGAGCUGUGUAUCAGACUAUAAUCUCUAUUAAAACCAGGUAAAUCUGGAGAAUCCCCUUCGGACUUAAGAUCUAUAAGUUUAAUUAAUUGUGAUGCUAAAUAUUAACUAAACUUAUAAACAGUAGGUAAGCAAAGGUUUUACCAGAUCUGAUACAUACAUAUGAAUCAAACAGUUAAUUAAAGUAGGCACAAUAUAGAUUUAUCAGUGAUGCUGUUGAUGCUGAAAAAGCACUUAAUCCUCAUGAGUGGCCUUUCUUGUUUAAAGUCUUGAGAGAUUAUAGAUUUUGUAAAAUUAUUAUAUAAAUAUCUUAUAAGAGAAAACAGAGUUGUUACAGACCACAAGCUAAAUAAAUCAUGUAAAGCCAAACAAUGUGGAAGUCCAUCGCAAUGUUGCACUAAACAAAAGACAGUCUCAGUCCAAAUUCAUUCAUUCAGUCGUUCCAUACAUUAGCUCCUGUGUGGAGAAAUCCACAUUUUAUACUACAGGAAAGAGCUAUCAGAGCUGAUUACACAGACCAACCAAAAUGCUGUUUAUAAACUCACAUACUCUUAAAUUUAGAGACUUGGUGGACUUAAUUAAUGCAUAAAGUAAAAAAGUCUGUUUCCAGAGGUUGUUUCAAAUUCAAGUGAGUAAGUGUGAACUAAGAGGAAUUUGCACAUUUAAUGAAUGUAAGGCUUCGAUUCAAUUCAAUUCAAUUUAUUUAUUUGUAUAGCGCCAAAUCACAACCGAAGUUGUCUCAGGACAAUUUACAUAUAGAGCAGGUACAGACCAAGCUCUUUAGCUACAGAAACCCAACA